GGGAGGGUGCGGAACUUGAAAAGAAUUGGCGGCCCCGAAGGGGACGAGGACAAAGACUGGGCCAGGAUGGACGUGGCGGACCCCCAGCCGCUGGGCCUGUUCCCCGAGGGCGAGCUGAUGUCGGUGGGCAUGGACACCUUCAUCCACCGCAUCGACUCCACCGAGGUGAUCUACCAGCCGCGCCGCAAGCGCGCCAAGCUCAUCGGCAAGUACCUGAUGGGGGACCUGCUCGGGGAGGGCUCGUACGGCAAGGUGAAGGAGGUGCUGGACUCCGAGACCUUGUGCCGCAGGGCGGUCAAGAUCCUCAAGAAGAAAAAGCUGCGCAGGAUCCCCAAUGGCGAGGCCAACGUCAAGAAGGAGAUCCAGCUGCUGCGGCGGCUGCGGCACCGGAAUGUGAUCCAGCUGGUGGACGUGCUGUACAACGAAGAGAAGCAGAAGAUGUAUAUGGUGAUGGAGUACUGCGUGUGUGGGAUGCAGGAGAUGCUGGACAGUGUGCCCGAGAGGCGCUUCCCUGUGUGCCAGGCUCACGGGUACUUCCGCCAGCUGAUUGACGGCCUGGAGUACCUGCACAGCCAGGGCAUUGUUCACAAGGACAUCAAGCCGGGCAACCUGCUGCUCACCACCAACGGCACGCUCAAGAUCUCCGACCUGGGUGUUGCCGAGGCCCUGCACCCUUUCGCUGUGGAUGACACCUGCCGCACAAGCCAGGGCUCCCCGGCCUUCCAGCCUCCCGAGAUUGCCAAUGGACUGGACACCUUCUCAGGGUUCAAGGUGGACAUCUGGUCGGCUGGGGUCACACUGUACAACAUCACCACGGGCCUGUACCCGUUUGAGGGAGACAAUAUCUACAAGCUGUUUGAGAACAUUGGGAGAGGGGACUUCACCAUCCCUUGUGACUGCGGCCCGCCACUCUCUGACCUACUCCGAGGGAUGUUGGAGUACGAGCCAGCCAAGAGGCUCUCCAUCCGACAGAUCAGGCAGCACAGCUGGUUCCGGAAGAAACACCCGCUGGCUGAGGCGCUAGUGCCUAUCCCACCAAGCCCAGACACUAAGGACCGGUGGCGCAGUAUGACGGUGGUGCCCUACCUGGAGGACCUGCAUGGCCGAGCUGAGGAGGAGGAGGAGGAGGAGGAAGACUUGUUUGAUAUUGAGGAUGGCAUCAUCUACACCCAAGACUUCACAGUGCCUGGACAGGUCCUGGAAGAGGAAGUGGGUCAGAAUGGACAGAGCCGCAGCUUGCCCAAGGCCGUGUGUGUGAAUGGCACAGAGCCGCAGCUCAGCAGCAAGGUGAGGCCGGAAGGCCGACCUGGCGCCACCAACCCCACGCGAAAGGUGUGCUCCAGCAACAAGAUCCGCCGGCUCUCGGCCUGCAAGCAGCAGUGACUGCGGCCUACAGUGUCACCCGGACCUGCCCCGGCAAGGCAAGGCUGCGGUUCCUGAGCCUGCCCGUCCCGACACUUGGGGACAUUGGAGCUGAGGGUGGACCCGCCGCCCCGGAAGCACUUUAUGUCGAGACCACUGGCCGGCCUUGCCCGCAUGCCGCCUGCGAGCCUCGCUGUCUUUGGUUUGGUUCCUUUUUUUUUUUUUUUUUUUU